CUCUCUCUUCUUUCUUUUUCUUUCUCUCUUUUUCUGUUUUCUAUUUUCUUUCUACUCUACUAUAGAAAAAAAAAAAAAAGACCAAAGGAUGCAAUGGAGAGUCCUUACAUUAUUACUUGCUGGGCUUGUUGUCAUUUAUUUGGCAAGUUUACUUCAAGAUACUCCGUACCCACACCCUGCUAAAAUGAAAAUCGAUCGACACCAUCUACCCGGCACUUUCCCUGACACUUCGAUAUUAUCAGUACAACCUAACCAUCUUUAUGAAGCAAUGAUAUAUUUUGGCCAUAAUCAAAAUGAUCAAGUUAUGUCUGGCACUGGUGAUAUGAAAACAGGAGUUUUUGGCAAGAUCAAACUUCUUCGAAGACCGAUUCAAUUCUUAUUACAACAUCAAGAUGGAAUAUCUACUGAAGACGAAUGGACAAAUGUUUUGGAACAUACUUUACGAGGUCAUAUCACCAAAAUAUCUGGACCUCCAAGCGCAACAGAUUCCCCUUUACAAUUUGCUGUAUUAUAUCAUACCGUUGAAAAUGAAACUCCUCGUUACUAUACUCGUGUUUAUUAUUUGGCUAAUGAUACUGGUUCCUUUGAAUAUAAAGAUCUUGUUUUUCCUGGUACUACUUGGAUCAAAUCUUUUGUUAUAGAAAAAGAUUCUAUCAUCUUCUCAAGAGAUCCUGAUAUUUAUCGAUAUCGAAUCAUUCGAUUACCAAAUGAUCUGACAAAAGCACCUCAUUCUGAAAAUGCUCAAGAUAUUAUUUUGUCUGCAAGUGAACCUGGUUACCGUAUUUCUCCCAACUAUCAUCUUACGGAUCAAGUAGAAAAACAUGAAAAUGUCCUUUCAAGACUUUAUUCACCAAUAUUGGAUACUUUUCGUGUGGUAUCUUUAGAUAUUUAUAAGGCAAGAACCAACUUUCAUGUUAGUGUAUCUGUAGCUGACAAUGCAAGCUCGGUUACACAAUUAUCGGAAUUACGUGGGGAAACUCCAGUGGACACUUGGCACUUACGGGAACAUAACACUAGGAAAGGUAGCUACUAUGAAGAUGAUUUCUUGGAUAGUAAUGGUGUUUUGGAUAUGUCUCAAUCUUCUGAAAAUCGACUACAAAUGCCACCACUUUCUCUAACUAGGUCAACGGAUGCACGGACGGUAGCCUUCCCCAUUACACGAAGUCAAUUUACGACACUGGAUUAUACUGAUAAAGUGGAUAUAUUACAGAAACAACAAAAUAGCAAGCGACGACUUUAUCGAAACAGUGAAGAUGGCGCAGUGAUUCCAGAAUACUACUAUUGGCCCAUGGAUGGAAAUGAGGAAAUAUACGAUGUGUACGAUGGAGAUAUCUAUGGUUUGGAAAUCAACGAGGCUGGCACAUUAUUAGCUGUGUGGACUGAACAUAACUUUAUCUAUAUUUACAAAAGAGGCUCAGGGGACGAUCAUGUUCUUCAACAAGGUGAUAUUGAUGAUACUGAAAAGAAGAAAUAUGAAAAAACAUCCUCAUUCGAUCAAGCUACUGAAACCAAUAAACCAGUUGCUUCUCCCACUCUAUUACCAAUCAAACCAUUAUCUUUGAUCGAUCAAUUGGAUAUAUUUCUUGGUUUUCGUCUUCCUCCUCCUCCUAGUGACAUCAAAUCUCAGUAUCAGCAUCCUUAUUCUCAUCCUGAUCUUCCUGCACGUUGGUUCCUACGUAUGGUGAUUACUCCAAAUGAAAGAAACCCAAGGCAAUCGCGGAUUAGCACAGUGACUUUUUUCAAUGCAUCAUCAAGUCAACAUGGUCAUACUGGCAACAAUUAUCUUUUGGUUGGUCUGAAAACAGGGGCAUUACAUUCCUACUUGAUCGAUGCCAUGGAACCACCUCAAAAAAUUGGUUUGGGUAGCUUUAUCAUUGGACAAUGGGAUAUGUUGAUUGCUAUGUGUGUCAUCAUUGCUGUGUUCGCAUUUAAUGAAUAUCAACAUUAUGGUGGUGUAUAGUGUGAUCUUAUCUUUACUUUAGACUUUUUUUUUUGUAUAUAGAAUAUCACUUUUUUUUUUAUCGUAUCAAAACAAAAGGCAUCAAUAAAUAAAACAUUGGACGAAGAAUUUUUUUUUUU